AGCUGCAGCACAGCCACACGCAGCCUCUCUGCUUCCUGCGCGAUGCAUUGUGGGAUACUGGAGGUCCUCCUCCAGACCCCCCCAAUGCUGUAAGUUCCACCAGUGCUCUAGCAACUAUUUGCCUGCUUUGGGGAGGCAGAGAGGCUCCUGCCUGCCCCCCAGCCCCCCGAGAUUUGGAAUAGCCUGAAGUGGGGCUGAGACAAGGGAGAGGAAGUGAAGGGGGCUGGAGGGAGAGCAGGCAGGAGGCAGCCGCCUCGGCUGGGAAGAGAGAGAAGAAGCAGUUCCCUGAAACUUCCCUCGCGCAUGGGAGUUUUUGGCGCUGUGCAAGAGGACGGUCUUGCAUGAAACAUGGCCUGUGUUUUUACGUGCACACUAAUAACCGGAAGACUCAUUGCUGGUUGCUGAGCACUUUGGAUCAAGAAGAAGGGGACCUUUGAGGAAGUGGCCGUGCAUUUCACGGAGGAGGAGUGGGCCCUGCUGGAUCCGGCCCCAAGAGCCCUGCACAGAGAAGUCAUGGAGGAGAAUGCUGCAAAUCUGGUCUCUCUGGAAGGUGAAAGCUGGAAGAAUGAGAUAAAGCCCAGCGGAGGUAUUGUGGGAGCUAUAAGAUGGGAGGAAAGGGAAAAACAGAAACAAAAAAUGGGAGCAAAACAGAAGAACUGGAAUGGAUCCUCCCUUUCUCAUCGUGGAAUUCAACAAAUAAUGCAGGAAGCAGGAGAGAGUAUGGGCCCUCCACAUAGGAAAAACUCGAUUUCAGAACUAACCGCUCAGCCAAAGUGGGAAAUGCAGGCAGGGGAGACACUAUAUGAAUGUUUGGAGUUUGGAAACUGCUUUGGCCAGAGUCGAGAUCUUAUUAAAUACAAUAGAACCCACACUGGGGAGAAACCACAUAAGUGCUUGGAGUGUGGAAAGAGCUUCAGCACAAGUGGAAACCUUACUAAACACUACAGAACCCACACUGGGGAGAAACCACACGAGUGCAUGGAGUGUGGAAAGAGCUUCCGCACAAAUGGAAACCUUACUUCACACCAUAGAACCCACACUGGGGAGAAACCACAUAAGUGCUUGGAGUGUGGAAUGAGCUUCAGCCAAAGGGGUAAUCUUACUAAACACCAUAGAACCCACACUGGGGAGAAACCACACGAGUGCAUGGAGUGUGGAAAGAGCUUCAGCACAAGUGUAGCUCUUACUUUACACCAUAGAACUCACACAGGGGAGAAACCACACGAGUGCAUGGAGUGUGGAAAGAGCUUCAGCACAAGUGGAGCUCUUACUGUACACCAUAGAACCCACACUGGGGAGAAGCCACAUAAGUGCAUGGAGUGUGGAAAGAGCUUCAGCAGUAGUGGAGCUCUUACAGUACACCAUAGAACCCACACUGGGGAGAAACCACAUAAAUGCAUGGAGUGUGGAAAGAGCUUCAGCAAAAGUGUAGCUCUUACUGUACACUAUAGAACUCACACUGGGGAGAAACCACAUAAGUGCAUGGAAUGUGGAAAGAGCUUCAGCCAGAGGGGUAAUCUUACUAAACACCAUAGAACUCACAGUGCAGAGAAACCACAUGGGUGCAUGGAGUGUGGAAAGAGCUUCAGCACAAGUGGAGCUCUUACUUUACACCACAGAACUCACACUGGGGAGAAACCACAUGGGUGCAUGGAGUGUGGAAAUAGUUUCAGUACGCGUGGAGCUCUUACUGUACACCAUAGAACCCACACUGGACAGAAACCACAUCAGUGCAUGGAGUGUGGAAAGAGCUUCAGCAAAAGUGUAGCUCUUACUGUACACUAUAGAACUCACACUGGGGAGAAACCACAUAAAUGCCUGGAGUGUGGAAAGAGCUUCAGCCAGAGGGGUAAUCUUACUAAACACCAUAGAACCCACACUGGGGAGAAACCAUAUGGGUGCAUGGAGUGUGGAAAGAGCUUCAGUACGAGUGGAGCUCUUACUUUACACCACAGAACUCACACCGGAGAGAAACCACAUAAAUGCAUCGAGUGUGGAAAGAGCUUCAUCACAAGUGUAGCUCUUACUGUACACUAUAGAAUUCACACUGGGGAUAAACCACACGAAUGUUUACAAUGUGGAAAGAGCUUCAGUAAUAGAGGAGCUCUUAAAUCACACCAUAGAACUCACACUGGGGAGAAACCACAUAAAUGUUUGGAGUGUGGAAAGAGCUUCAGCGACAGGGGAACGCUUAAAACACACCGUAGAACUCACACUGGGGAGAAACCACAUCAGUGCCUGGAGUGUGGAAAGAGCUUCAGUACACGUGGAGCUCUUACUUCACACCAUAACACUCACACUGGGAAGAAACCACAUAAGUGCAUUGAAUGUGGAAAGAGCUUCAGUACGAGUGCUGCUCUUACUUUACACUAUAGAACUCACACUGGGGAGAAACCACAUCAAUGUUUGGAGUGUGGAAAGAGCUUCAGCAGAAUUGAAGCUCUUACCGUACACUAUAGAACCCACACUGGGGAAAAACCUUAUGAAUGUUUGGUGUGUCGAAAGUGCUUCAGCCAGAGUGGAGGACUUGCUAAACACCAGAGAAUUCACACUGGGUAGGAACAUAGGAAGCUGCCAUAUACAGAGUCAGACCAUAGGUCCUUUUUGCUCAAUACUGUCUACCCAGACUGGUAGCAGCUUCUUCAAAGUUUCAGGCAGGAAUCUCUCUCAGCCCUAUCUUGGAGAUGCCAGGGAAGGAAGUUGGAACCUAGAUGCUCUUCCCAGAGCGGCUCCAUCCCCUGAAGGGAAUCUCUUCCAGUGCUCACACUUCUAGUCUCCCUUCCGUAUGCAACCAGGGUGGACCCUGCUUAGCAAAAGGGACACGUCAUGCUUGCUACCACAAGACCAGAGGGGAGCUCUUAAAUUACACCAUAGAAGUCAAACUGGCGAGCAAUCACAUAAGUGCAUGGAGGGUGGGAAGAGCUUCCGCACAAGUGCAGCUCUUAGGUUAUACCAUAGAACCCACACUGGAGAGCAACCACAUAAAUCUUUGGAGUGUGAAAGGAGCUUCCACUGGAUUGGAGAGCUUACUAGACAGUAUAGAACCCACACUAGGCAGGAAACCACAUGAAUGCUUGGAGUGUCAAAAGAGCUUCAGGAGCAAGACAAGCCUUACUGCAAUUGAGGGGGGGGGGGGGAAGCUAGGAAAGGAAAGUCCCCUCAGACUUUAACUAUUAUGUCAUGCAAUACAGGUGGGUGGUCUAAAAGAAGACAUGAUAUACAGUUUGUAAAUUAUUUGAAAUCUGUUGAUAGAGUUUUAUUGCAAGAAACCUGGGUUCAAGAUGAGAUUUACCUUGACGAGUUUACCUCCUUCUCGCUUAAAGUUUUUUGUUCCUCGACUCGUGGGCGUUUUAGCUCUGGUUUGAUUGACAGUCUGUAUUUCUACAUCUUUGAAGGCUGAGAUCAUCUAUUUAGAAAAUUGUGAACAGGUUGCUCAAAGUUUGUAUUUGAAAUUUACAAAGUUUCGCCUGUCUGUGUGUGUGUGUGUGUGUGUAUGUAUUGCCUCUGUGUGUGUGUGUGUGUGUGUGUGUAUACA